GGAGGGAUGCGAUUCCUGUGAAAAUACGACUGGCUGUGACAUUAAGAUAUUUAGCUACUGGUGACUGUUACAAGAGCUUGCACCAUACUUUUAAAAUAUCAAGUCAAGUUAUAUCUAAAAUUAUUCAAGAAGUAUGUUCAGCUCUCAAUAUUGUUUUGAAGGGUUUCGUAAAGAUUCCAACUUCCGAGGACGAGUGGUUAUCUAAAUCAGGAGGCUUCCGAUUCCCCAAUUGCGUUGGUGCUUUAGACGGAAAACAUAUCAUGAUUCUACCACCACCAUUCACUGGCUCCGAAUACUUUAAUUACAAAGGGCAUUUCAGUAUUGUGCUAUUAGCGUUAGUUGAUAGUGACUACUGUUUUAUGUUUGUAGAUAUAGGUUGCCCUGGACGUAUAAGUGAUGGAGGAGUAUAUAAUCAAAGUAUUUUACGACAAAAAAUUGAAACAAAUGCUAUCAAUUUACCACCUCCUAAAAGAAACACAAACUUGCCCUAUGUAUUUUUAGCAGAUUCGGCAUUUGCGCUGGCUACAAAUAUCAUGAAGCCAUUCCCUGGACAUCAUGCAGUGGAUACUCCAGAACGAGUAUUCAAUCAAGAACUGUCUCGCUCUCGUGUUGUCGUAGAGAAUGCCUUUGGAAUACUGUCUAGCAAGUUUAGGAUUUUUAAAACCUGUAUUCCGCUGGACGAAGUUAAAGCUGCUAAAAUUACAAUGACAUGUAUAUUGUUACACAAUUUCUUAAGAAGGAGCAAUACUUCUCGGAAUUUGUACACCCCUGAUGGCACAGCAGACAGUUAUGUUAAUGGCGAGUUAGUUCGAGGAGGAUCCUGGAGAUCUACCGAUAGAGGGACAGGUAUUACUCCACUGAACGGUGUACCUCGUAGAAGUACAGAAAAUGCGCUAGAAACAAGGGUUAACUUUAUGAAUCAUAUUUUCGAAAGACGAAAUAACAGUCAGGCAUAAGUUGCUUUAAAGUUAAAACGCAUCUAUUAUGUUUAAAUUGACUUCAUGUUUUAUGA